AUGGUAGGACCGCUACAGGCCCAGGCAUCACAUUCAGGUACUCCGAGAGUAGGGGACAGUUUUGGUGCCGCAUUACUUAAAGAUUUCAUGGCCCUACGUCCACCAGAGUUUAGUGGAGGCGCCGACACGACAGAGGCCGAGGAUUGGCUACUGGCUGUAGAGAAGCAUCUACGAUCUAUAGGCUGUGCAGAGGGCCAUAGAGUUCGAUUGGGAACCUUCCUGUUGCGAGGAGACGCCGAGCGAUGGUGGGAGACCACCAGACAGCGAUAUGGUGAUGGAGGCCUGACAUGGGCACAGUUUGUCGCGGCAUUCAAUGAGACUUAUAUACCGGCUUGGGUCAGAGAACAGAAGGUGUUCGAGUUUGUUGACUUACAGCAAGGAAACAAGACAGUCACACAGUACGAGACUGAUUUUGUGGCGUUAUCUCGUUAUGCUCUAGAGUUAGUGACCCCUGAGUCUCGUAGAGUCAGCAAGUUUCAGAGGGGGCUACGACCAGAGAUUCGUCACGCCAUGGCUGGUAUCGAGGCACCCGACUUUCCUACGGCUGUAAAGUGGGCCCACGCAGUGGAGCGGGACCGAUUGGAGGCACGAUCAGAUCAGUCAGUCAUGAAGGGCGCUGGGAGUAGCAGUAAGAAAAGGAAGUGGGAUGCGGGCAGUAAGAGUUUUGGGCUUCCACAGUGCCGGCAGUGCGGACAGAGACACCAGGCUCAGUGCCGGGAUGUUCGUCGGGACGUGUGUUAUCGCUGUGGUCAGCCGGGACAUUUGAAGAGGGACUGUCCACAAGGGCCCAGACCAGCUACACCGGCCCCACCAGCUACACCGGCCACCGGGUAG